AUGGACUUUGGAGUAGGCCACUUUAACCUCCCAGUAGGGGGAAAUUCCGACUUCCGAAUGGAAGAUUUCGAUCCCCAAAUGGAAGACUUUGAUGACGAGCUGGGAGGUUUCGACUUCUCGAUAGAGGGUAUGAAUUUACAAAUGGCAGACAACAAUUACCAGGUGGAGAAUAUGGAAUACCUAUUGGACAACUUCGCAUAUGACAACUUCACAUACGACAACCCCAACCCUACUAACGUAUCGGGCAAUCAACCCGGUCGUAACGAGACGAUAGGGCAGGCACCGGACAGAGAAGCUAGUGAUCCGUCGAGUCCAGAUUCUCAAGUCUUCGUUAACCAUUUCGAGUGGACAGAGAAUAAUCUACCCAUUGGAGUAUCUUUCGACCCGAAUGCCCCGGCAGUUACCCCUGAAUUCUUACGCGGAUGGACUUACAGACCUGGGCACGCCGAAGAGCUAGAGGAUGAGAACCAAGUUAUCUUUGCUUACCCCUCGAAUUCGAUUCCCAAAUCAACGACCACUAUGGGCGAUGCUCGCGACGGAUUUCAAAACCAUUUCUACUAUACCGACCGACGUCCAUCUAUGGUGUCCUUGUUGCACACGAAUACUACCGAGUAG